GUAUAGGUUAGUAACGAGGAAGAUAACAAAUUCUGUCAAUUACAACAAGUUCUUUCAAGAAAUCACAUAACUUAUAAACAUGGAAGACUACGAAGGAGUUCAACCAAACAGUUACACCAAAGAAGACCUAGAAGUUCUUGAUAAAAUGACAAAAAUUCCGCAUGAAAGGAGCGAGUACAACGAUGAACUAACUUUCUCAUUCUGUCCGCGGGAGUUGUGGGGAGCGAUGGACCCGGACCCGCGGCUGCCCAUGAGGAAGGUCAAGUUUCCCGCGAGUCAUGUGAGGUUUGUAGACACGGGCACUGAUGAGUGCUACACGCCCCACGACUGCUUCCGACUACUGCAACGUCUGCAGAAAGACCACAUGGAGAAAGAGAAUCUGCCCGACAUCAAAUACAAUUUCAUGGUGGGAGCUGACGGUACGAUAUACGAGGGACGAGGCUGGACGAAUGAUGCAGAUCGUGCCCCAAAAUACAACCGUCUACAGACGAAAUGUAUCGACAUCGCUUUCAUCGGCAAUAAGAAAGAUGAGUCUCGACAUGUCCCAGACAAUCCUUUUCCAAGUAAGAAAAGUGAAAUGCACGGUUCAGCUUGGGCAGGAUACGGAAUUGAAAUAAAACAAGUAGCAGAGGAUCAUGAAAUGAUGACCUCCUUCGUAAAUGUAAUUAGAUUUCCCGGUAUAUAA